AUGCUUGUUCGUUGUCUAUCGCCAAAAGCAAGAGCACGACUAAUAGCCGAAGGUAUUGAUGAACUACCAAAACCGGAACAUCAACCUACUUUUCGAUACGUAAAUUUUCUGACGUGUUUGGAUUUUCAGCUGCUUUGGGAGACAACGCACGAAUGGCUGGUGAGACGUCCAAAAGGAAUUGUUUCAAUGGAGGCACAUAUAGUUAAAGUCGCGCAUUUGAGUCGUGAGAUUUGUACUUGUAUUUUUCGGUCAUCGGAGUGUUUGGAACGACUGGUUGUCUCGAUGGAUUCUUCUCAGCUUUCGAGAGUUCCCGAGGCAAAUUUUGUGUUUACCUUUUUCCCGGGUGCUGUUAACUGUCUGUCGGGGAUAAAAGAAUUACAAGUAUGUGGAGAUUAUUUUCGUCCGAUUUUGUGUAAGACGCUGUCACAAAUUUGUCAGCAACUAGUUACAUUACGAAUUGAUGCCCCGCACGAAAUCUCAUCGUCGUCGUUGCAUCAAGAAGAAACUUCAGUAAGUUUGAUCCAAGCACAAAAAAAUCUCAAAAAUUUCCAAUUAUACGGCCAUAAAUCAACUUUAUCACAACUAUUGACGCCAAUUUCAACUUGUGCUCAUUCAUUGGAAUCAUUGAAAUUUCAAAAUGUAAAUUUUUCAUCAAUAUCCCGUAAAGCAAUAAGUUCACUGUGUUCUUGCGUCAACUUGAUCGCUCUCGAAAUUACGAAAUGUCAAAAUAUUUCCCUUCUGGAACCUUACCAAGUCGCGCAAAGUUUCACGAAGCUUUUAUAUUUUUCGUUUAGUUCCUAUGUAACGGAAGACUUUGCGAAAUCUAUUCUAACUACUAGCCAACAAAUAGAAUUUUUCUCGUUAAAAUAUUCCACCAGGAUCAAUGAAAUACCUCGGCUAUCCAGCUCAAUAUUUCAAGCAAUAAUAGCAUAUGGAAGUAAACUCAUGUUCCUUGAGCUUCCAGUCCUCGACGAGACACAAAUAACGCAGAUAUUGUUGGCUUGCCCGCAAUUAGUAGAAUUUAUAUUUUGGGUAUCUGAUUCGCCACGAGUUGAUCAAAUUUUACACAAUUUGGGAAACCUUUUGCCACCGAGUUUAAAGCAUAUAUGCAUAAAUGGACUAAGCAUUCAGUUCAAGCUCGAAUCGUUGAUAACUUUUAUGGAUGAAAAUUUAGAGUUAUCUGAAGAUCGGAUUACUCGUAAGAUUUAA